AUUUCUCAGGUUUCUCUACUUUGCACAUAAUUGUGCUGAUUCUCUGUAUUGCUACUGGAUCUGGAGCUGUUCUUCUGCUCAGCUGUCUGAUCUAUUGCAGAUCAAAAAACACAGUCACCAGCAGCACAAUCUGGAAUCUUCAGGUUUCUCUUGUCUUUUGUCCAAACAUCUGUAUGUUCUUUGCCUUCAUUUUCUGGGGUCUUACUGAAGGGUAUCUGAAUGAGACCGUCACUUGCUGUGCUCUUUAUAUUCUGAGGCCUGUUAUGCUGAUUUGGGCGUUGCCCUGUUUAAAGUAUCUGCAAGACAACCUUAAAUCAUGGACCAGGUUGGCAAGUAUAACAAGAGAAUUUGCUGUUCUUACAGCUGUUGUUUAUUCAGUUCUUUUUAAAUGUGGCUGGGACAGGAGUAGUGUACCUGGCAUCAUUUAUGGAAUAUUCUUUGGAAUUGUUCUUCUGCUCUGUCUCCGCAUCUUUAGAAGAGGUUUUACAAGAAUAGAAGAAAAGUGGGGCCGCUUAUGUUUUCUGCCUGUAGCACAAUUCAUCCAACUGAUGUUCUCAUUAGGAUCGCCCAAUCUAGCUUUUCUAGCUGUGGCAUUGGUUCAGUCACUACUGCUUCUGAGUAUACCAUGUUUAAUCUACCGCAGGAGAUGGAUAAUAUUAUGCAUGAUACCAUUAAUGCUCCUGGAUAUCAUUCUAGUGAUAUAUGUUCAUGUACAAAUAUUGGAAAGGGAGAAAGAUUACUUGGAAUGGAUCUGUGUCUUUGUUUUUCUUGAAGUUCUAAGGAUUAUGGUGAUCUUUGAAGACCAAGAUUAUGAGGCAGAAUGCUCAGGAGUGCAACAGCAUACUGAGAGAAGGGAACAAGGAUCAAAUGCAUUGCCCCUCUGUAAUGAAAUCAUGUACAUGUUUGGAGCAGUUGGUCUUGUUUUGUUGAACUCUGUUACACUGACUGCAGAACUGUUGUUGAAAACACGACAUGGCGAGCGUGUCCUGAAGGAUCUGAGAGUCGUUGUCUUCUCUUCUGAAUGUUUUUAUAUCUUAUAUUGGUUGGUUUUCCAAGUACAUACUUUCUGGAAGAUUAAGCCUGAGUCUAUACACAUUGGAAGGAAUUUACUUCAUAGAUGUUAUCUCAAGAACACACCAGAGACUCGUGAAAUGGUGAAUCUGUCUGCAACUGAUUCUGCUGUUUCACAGACAGAAUUAGAGAAAUGAUUCCACAUAUACCUACACGCCAAAUGUUCAUUCUAUCUACAAAAGAUGAUUUCCUCAGAAGUAGAAGCCAUCAAGCGGAGAGUGAAGAAUAAUUCUACAUUUGUAAAGCAAGAGUUUGGAAUUAUUAAAUGUCACCAUUUACUUAGAUUUUGCUACAGCUCUUAUGUAAAUGUGUUGUGUUAUGAAAGUGUGAAUCUAUUCACCUUUAAACCGUUCAGUUUACACUCAUUGGCUACUUUAUUAGGUACACCUUACUAGUACCCGAUUAGACCCCCUUUUGCCUUCAGAGUUGCCUUAACCUCCCUGCUGAAAGAAGAAAAACAAACAAACAAAAACAAUAGAAACCAUUACAGAAAUCCUAAUGGUUUCCACUACAAAACCAUUACAAACCAUCAGCCAUUAAAACCAUUACCAAAUAGUUUCCAUCAUGUAGUGUGUUUUGGGCAUAUUCCAUUAGGAUUUAUUGGUUUGUAUAGGUUUCCGGUUCAUGAUUUGCACAUAAUGGUUUCCAUUGCAGUUUUUGUAUUGGUUCUGAUUUGUCUGUUUAACUGGUAGCUGUUAAUUAGGCCAUUAAGUAUUUCAACAAUUUAAAUUAUUACUACAAUUAUACACUGUCCUUGUUGCUUAAAAAAAACUCAAGAAUGUAUCAUUUUAAUUGAUAUAAACUGCACACCAACUUUUCAAUAGCUAACAGGUUGUGUUUUGCAAAGAAGUCAAGUCAAUUCACCUUUAUUUAUAUAGCGCUUUUUACAAUGUAGAUUGUGUCAAAGCAGCUUUACAUUGAUAACUGGUACAUUAUUUGGCUGCACAGCAGCUCUCAAAAGAAUAGUGUCAAUGCUGGCAGAUCAAAGCACUGUUGAAUAUCAAAUGUCAAGUCAAAUGUCAAGUGUCCCCAACUAAGCAAGCCAAAGGCGACAGCGGCAAGGAACCCAAACUCCAUCAGGUGACAUCAGGUGGCAGACAAGUGGCAAAUAGGUGUUUAAAUGGAGAAAAAAACCUUGGGAGAAACCAGGCUUAGUCGGGGGGCCAGUUCUCCUCUGGCCAACAGUGCUUUGUUACGAUUCAGGUAGCUAUCAUAAGUCCGACAGGAUCGCAACAUUCAAAGUAUUUAUUUCAGUUCCAUCCAAUUGAGGAUCGUAUUCAUCACGGCGGUAUGGAUGGUUGCUGAGGAACUGUGUCGUGGCUGUCGUGUCGAUGAGGCCCUCACAGUGGAUGAUCUAGUUGACUCAAUCUCUGCUGAUACUUCAGGGCUGCGUUGUGGUCGUGUCAAGGCGCAGGUCCUUGGUCUCA